AUGGCCAACUAUAGUAGUAAUUACAUUCGAGAUUUUGCAACACUAACUGCUCCCCUUCGUGACCUGACGAAAAAGGAUGUUCGUUUUGAGUGGACUCAAACACACCAAACUGCUUUUGAAAAGCUGAAAAACACGCUUGCAAUUGCUCCAUGUAUGUCAUAUUUCGACAAAAACAAACAAACUUUUGUGACAGUUGAUGCUAGUCCUGUAGAAAUUUCUGGAAUAUUUUCUCAGAAACCAAGAAACGGUGACGUAGACAGUCAACAGAUAAUUGCAUAUGCCAGCCGAGCGCUGACUGAUACAGAAAAGAGAUACUCCCAGACGGAAAAAGAAGCGUUAGCGAUAGUAUGGGCAGUUGAACAUUUCCAUUUAUUUCUGUAUGGAAGUGAAUUUACACUAAUACCUGACCAUAAACCUUUAGAAAUUAUUUUUUGGCCAACGUACAGCCAAAACAUCAGCACGAAUUGAAAGAUGGGUGCUUCGCCUCCAACCAUAUAUAUUUAAGAUAAUUUAUAAAUCAGGUGCCAGCAACCCUGCGGACUAUCUUUCUCGUCAUCCAAACAAGACGAAAACAGGAGAAGAUGACGGAACAAUAUAUUAAUUUUAUAACUCAGAAUAGUGUCCCUAAGGCGAUGACAUUACAAGAAAUAAUCAAUGCAACUAACGCAGACGCGGCACUAACGGCACUCCAUGAUGCAAUUAAAACAAACAAAUGGGAUUCCCCAAUUGUAAAACCGUUCAAAGCCGUAAAAAACGAACUUACGUCAACCACACACGGUGUUAUACUUUGA